GCGUUGGUGCAGAGUGCGAAGCUGCUGGAGUGCAGCAUUCAUGACGGUCACUGUCCACUGACUCCAUAAAAUAUUAUAAGUUCUUCGUAAAUAAACAAAUAGUUCAACAUCCAGGUUUAUGGUUUAUACUGAAGUGUUUUCCCGGAAGUUGUGUAUCAUUUGUAGUUUGACACGGUGCACAGGUUGACUCCUCUUUGCCACGUUUCACUAAAUGAUGUAAUCCCUCCUACGGAGCUUGACAGUUCGCUGUUGCGGUAACGACACAUACUCAGCUGGAGGGAGAGAAAAGGCCGGUUAGCCAGACGUCUGCCCAUAUCACCUGUUUGUUCACCUCAGCGUUACCGCUGUAAAGCGAAAUAUAGGUCUGUUUUAUUCGUGAAAGCGGGUUUCGUAAUUUGUGUUACCCCUGACUCGGCUGACACAGUUGGCUAAUGUUAGCUGCUUCCUGGUGGACGUUGCAGCCAUUUUGGAUUUUUACUGAGGAACAGCUAACCGGCUUUGGUUUGGAAACCAGAGUAAGCUAGUCGUAACGAACGCUGUUUAUCUGUAGAGAAAUAAAGGGGACAUUCACUUGAAGAGAUACACUAUUCAACGAGUCAACAAUGAAUCCAGAAUAUGACUAUUUAUUCAAGCUACUCCUGAUUGGUGACUCUGGUGUUGGAAAGUCCUGCCUUCUUCUUCGAUUCGCAGAUGACACAUACACAGAAAGUUACAUAAGCACUAUUGGUGUGGAUUUCAAAAUACGAACUAUAGAAUUAGAUGGAAAGACCAUUAAACUUCAGAUUUGGGAUACAGCGGGACAGGAAAGGUUUCGUACAAUCACGUCCAGCUACUACAGAGGUGCUCAUGGUAUCAUCGUUGUGUAUGAUGUUACAGAUCAGGAGUCCUUCAAUAAUGUCAAACAAUGGCUCCAGGAGAUUGACCGCUACGCCAGUGAAAAUGUCAACAAGCUACUGGUCGGGAACAAGUGUGACCUGACGACAAAGAAAGUGGUGGACUACACAACAGCAAAGGAAUUUGCAGACUCUUUGGGAAUCCCCUUUUUGGAAACCAGCGCAAAGAAUGCCACAAAUGUGGAGCAGGCCUUCAUGACCAUGGCUGCUGAAAUCAAGAAGAGGAUGGGCCCUGGGGCCACAGCCGGAGGAGGGGAGAAGCCCAACGUCAAGCUGACUCCAGGCACUACUGUCAAGACUUCAUCAGGUGGAUGCUGCUGAGAAAGGAACCACUUUGUUUAACCCCCUCCCCAAGAGAAAAAAAAUUGGUAUGUGAGAACAAGAUGAAGUUGCCUGUAUUUGUACUGUAUAUAAUGUAGCCACACUACCAAAAAAACAAAAAGUGCAUCAUUGUUGUCAUACUGUCUAGUUAUUGACAACAAAUUCUAAAGAUCCCCAUCAUUCCCCCUUUCAGAGCUGUGAGACUCCUCUCUCUUAUUUGGUCACCUGAAUACAAGCUCAUGACAGCAGUGUGGGUGGACGUGUCUUUUUCUCUGCAUUCCUACAGCAAAGUUGAUACAUGAUUAAGGUUUCUGUUUGUACCGACCUUUUCUUUCUCUCUUCCUUCAGUGAUGAUUUUGCAGUCUUUUACAUAAUCUGUCUGUUGCGAUACAAGCGUGUUUCUUGUUUUGUUUUUUGUCCAAGUUUUCUCACAAACCUUUGCACAACAGUGUCUCAACUGUUAAGCAGCUUUAGUCUAGUGUAACAGUAUAUGUACAUAAACAUUAUGUAUAUAUCUGUAAAAUCAGAUUUGGUUCUGUUUUGUUCCAACCAUUAUUGAAACAGUUUCACUUUCUCUGCAUUACAUUUGUGGCUGAAGACAACUGUAAGUUGGUUGCUCAAAAUGUAACACUUAAAUUGAAAAUAAAUAUUGUAUUACUGGACUGUAUGAAAUGGGA